UCGCGCGGUGCCCCCUCCCGCUGCGGCGCGGGCCGAGGCAAGAUGGCGAAGACGUACGAUUAUCUGUUCAAGCUGCUGCUCAUCGGCGACUCGGGCGUGGGCAAGACCUGCCUGCUCUUCCGCUUCAGCGAGGACGCCUUCAACACCACCUUCAUCUCCACCAUCGGAAUCGACUUUAAGAUCAGAACUAUAGAAUUAGAUGGAAAGAAAAUCAAGCUACAGAUAUGGGAUACAGCAGGCCAGGAGAGGUUCCGCACAAUCACAACAGCUUACUACAGAGGAGCCAUGGGAAUUAUGCUGGUGUAUGACAUCACAAAUGAAAAGUCUUUUGACAACAUAAAAAACUGGAUAAGAAACAUAGAGGAGCAUGCCUCUUCAGAUGUAGAAAGAAUGAUCCUGGGUAACAAAUGUGAUAUGAAUGAAAAAAGACAAGUGUCCAAGGAAAAAGGGGAGAAGUUAGCAAUUGAUUAUGGAAUCAAAUUUUUGGAGACGAGUGCGAAAUCCAGCAUAAAUGUGGAAGAGGCAUUUUUCACACUUGCACGGGACAUUAUGACAAAGCUCAACAGAAAAAUGAAUGACAACAGUUCAUCAGGGGCAGGUGGGCCAGUAAAAAUAACAGAAAAUCGAUCUAAGAAGAGCAGCUUCUUUCGAUGCACGCUACUUUGAUGAACUUCUAAUGAUAGACUGCAGCACACUUAGAACCUUUUCUGCUUCUUUGAAAGCACAGGGUCACAAAGCCUCAGAAAUAAUACCACCAAGCUGCUGCUGAGAGCUCCAUUGAACGUAGACUGCGAUACACAAAAUACCAAGUGGAUUUUGCUCACUAAGCCUAUUGACCUGUCAGGCUCUUCUUUCUCAGAUAUGGAAGCUAUGAAGUGGAGACACAAAUGCAAGAGUUAACCUGUUUUCUUUUUUACUUUCUGUUUUAUUGCCUGUUGCAAAAGCUGCUAUGUUUCUUUUAACUUUGCACAUCCAUAUUGGCCUCUUACUGCCUGUUACAGCACAAUCUUACAUUUGUAUUUGCACAGUUUGACUUGUAAGAUUCUUAACAGAUUUGUGCAGGUUUUUCUCUUUUUAAACAAAUUUAUUUUCAAGCAGUAGAGCCAGGGGUAAAAUUAUCUCACUUCCAUUAUUUCCUAUGCUGUAUACCUGUGGCCAUGACUGCAGUAUGGAUGUCAACACUCUAGUAAUUAGAAUUACCAGAACAAUUGGCAUUUAACAGUUUGUAUGCAUUUUGUCUUAGAUGCACAAAUCUGUUCAUGCAGAAGCGAUGACAUUCUAUUUUGAAUGUAGUAUGUUGCUUUUCUUUCUUUACCAGACUUAGCAAAGUUGUGUUCUGAAUUGCCAGUCACUGUUUGAUUCACAGAUGCACCUUUCAGUUAUUUGAAUAAACACAGUGUCUUUCCUCACUUAGCUUCCCUUUGUUAGCUCAAACCAUCUGCACCUUUUUUGUUUUUGAUGAGGAAGUGCACUCUGGAGCUGAAAUCAUGGUCACUAAUUAGCCUCAUCACUAUCACUUAAGUGGCUUGUGGAAGCUGAAUGCAUGAGUUUUGAGUAACCUCUGUGGAUUCAUUUGUUCAGAAAUGACUGCUUCUAAAGGUGACUUCCAUUUCUACUGUAAUUCUAAGCAUAGUUCGUUAAUGUGUGUGAGCAUCAACCCUUGAUGCGGUGUCCAAAAACUAGCUUCCUGUGCAGUUACUAGAGUAUAUCAAGUUGUGGCACUAAGGAAAUGGUCACAUUAGGGCUGUAAUGUACUCUUAGUUGUGCAGUUAAUGGUGAAUGUGUGAAGCCCUCCUUGGUCUGCUCAAGCAGUUAUUUUUCUCAUCAAAAACUGGUACAGUGACCUAGACUGUUAGAGGCAGAGUUCAAACAUAGUUGCCUUUUUUUACUCAACUGAGCAUUGUAUAACCUAGUCUUUGUUCUACUACUUUUUUAUUGUCUUCUGAAAAAAAUUCCUCAAUGAGCAAUUAAAACAGGUGCUUUAGUUCUGUUGAUGUGCCAAACUUGGACCAUUGUAAGCUUUAACUACAAGUUUGUGUCCAGCAUGUUUGUUACUAGGGGAUAGGUGCAUUCUGUCGUUGUCUAAGUUCAUGUCUGAUGUGCUUGCUUUUGCUUCACUUACAUGGUCUGGGGUUGUAAACAGUGAGCUGGUUGUUAGCACAGAUAACUGCUUCCUUUUGUGGUGUCAGGUACUGAACUUGUCAUCUCUGGGUCUGUUGUAAAUAUCUUGAAAGUGAAAUGGCCAAUAGCGUUAAGACUUAAAGACUUUUGAUUUUAAAAGGUUUACUAUUAGUAGCUGGUUCCAUAAAGUUUUAAGUGGUUAUCGACCUGUCCCCGCGUGUGGUUUAAUAGAAAUAGUUAUUGUAACUAGGUGGUGAAUCUCAUAAACUGCUGUUGCUGCACUAAACCAGAAAGAUAUUCAUGGCAACAAGGUUCAGUGAAAAAACAAAGCAACCCUAACUGCUGUGUUGUCUACCCUUGAUGUUUUUCUUGGACGGGCUAAAGCAGUUAUGUUUUCUGUAUGGUUAAAAAAGUGCUUCUAUACAGAAAGUGUUGUGACACCAAUUAUGAAUGUUGUUUAUUUUCAGUAAUUUACCUCUGACUUAUUUGGUGUCGUAAUACUUUGAUUUUUAUCUCAGGGGUUGUCUGCAAACCAAAACUGACAUGUUCUGUGUUUGGCACCGUUUACAGAAUGCUUUGUAUUGUUUUUCCUGUCUUCGCUGUGUGGUUAAAAUGUUCAUUCAAUAUUAGUCUCCAUGAACUUCCCUUUGAAAGAGCCUGUAAGUAGUAGAGUCUAUGAAAUGCUUCUUGAAGCAGCAGCGAAUUGGGGUAUCUGCUUUGUUGGGGGGGGGGUGGGGGGGUGGGAGUGGGGAGAAAAAAACCUUGCUAUUUUCUUACAUUUAGCUGUGCUAAACUGUACAUAAAUGUGAGGUAAGACCAUAGGAAACUCACUUUAUGCAUGAUAAAAUAAUGCAGUAAAUAUUUCACGUUGCUUAAUGUUCAUGUAAAGUUCAUCUUUUUCUAUUUGUAGAAGAAUUUAAUGCAAUUUUGUUGUCCCCUGCUGAAACUGAAGAAUUCUAAUUUCAUGUGGUCUUAUGGAUAAGAAACUGCCAUUAACCUUUCAGGAAAGGCAGACGUUUUGUGGUGGAUUUCGCUAAAACAAAACUGCUGCUUGUGCUAUGGAGUUGUAGGCACUCUUUCCUCCGCCCCAUGUCUGUGCACUAUUACCUUGACCAGUGUUUUUCUAAAUGGUUUAAGGGAAAAAAAAAAAAAAAAAAGAGAAAAAUCACCAAACCAACUCCAAACUGCUCUCAGUGCUCUGCAGUUCUAGCUUUCAGUCUACGCUCAGCAAAAUGUGCACAAGGAGGUUUUGUUGAGCGUGUACAGAAUACCCGAUUUACUUACUGCCUGGAAGUUCUAUUAUUGCUAAAGCUUAAACCACUCGCGAAACUUAACGCACUCACUUUUCUACUGGGGGGACAGUCUUAAAAUGCUCAUUGACUUUUCAGACCUGUAGUUCUUUUUACAGAAAUUAUUUCUUAUCGUAAGUACCUUUCCCGUACUAGUCUGCUGAAGUCAAGUGAAUUAAGUUGAUCAUUCUCACAAGUGAAUAAAGGAGUCUUCAGUAUACAUAUCACGUUAAAAUAUUGUGAAUGGAUAAUGAUUUGAAAGUACAUGAAUAAUGUGUAAAAUGCAUAAAUGUGUUAUUUGUGAAAAUGCAUCUGUUAUUUGGUUACCUGUUAAUGUAACUGAAAUUUUGCAAUGUUAACCUUAAGGAUUGGUCUGUAGGUGAUAAUAGGUCUUUUUUCUCCUCCAUUCACUGAACUGCUUAUGUCAUUUUCAUUCUUACAAAUAAAACUUGUAUUUCUUUCUUCCAUAAAAGCAGGUUUUCCAUUGAUUUGAUUUUUCUUGUUUCUGGUGAAUUUAACUGUUUUAGUGCAUUCCUAUGGCCUUACGGACGUUUUUGCAAAUAAAACUUCAAUUACAGUUAUUUUAAUGCUAUAUAGCUACUAAAUUCAGAAUAAAAACUAUAGUCCUUGACAAAAUGCUUAAUUUUGAAAUAGAAGUGUUCUACUCUGUAUGUUCAAACACAUUUUAUCUCUGAUAUAAAGGUGUAAUGUGAAAAGCUCCUGCGGAUAAAAGUGAACUUGUCAUGUGGUUAACUUGUAAACCUGAUCAGUAAUUGUGUAUUGAUGUGUAUAGACAAAAAACCAAACCCAACCCCUAAGAAAACCCCAAACCUUCACACUCCAGUGGUUUUAUUAUUCUAUGUGAACUUUUUUACAACAAUGUGUGUCUCAAAUAAAAGUUACAUAAUGAAAAGUA